AUGACAUCUAGGCAUGUUUCAAGACUGUCCAAAGAAUUAGAGCAAUACCAAAUCAUUUUUAGUAAACUUUUCCCUCAGACGAGACCGCAGGAAAUCGUCGAUCUUCCAAGAGAUGCGCUAUUACAAAUCCUCAACAACAAUCAGCAAGAUUCGCCUCUCCAAUCACCAUCCGGCCAGCUACAAGCAGAAGAAAUCGAUUACUUAUCCGUCUCUACACCUCACAACAAUCUUGAGAUGCUGGAAUAUAUCCCGGAAGAACAUCCGAAUGUCAAUCCACUAGACGCACCUGACAUUCGACCUAGCAUUUCAGACGACGUUAAUGCACUUUCGUCUCUCACGAGCAAACCUUCGACUUUUCAAGGAAUAACCUCACUCUAUGCUGUAGUCAAUGCAAUGCUCCAUAUUGAUCCAAAACUCAGCGUUGCUUCAGACAAGUUGGAAGAGCAAGACUCGGACGUCAACUCAUCCACUAGAUUUUCCACCAUCUCAUCCGCUACCCACGAGGAAGCAGCUCGUCCACUUACUGCUCUUCAAUUGAUUGAUGUGUAUUUUUCAACUUUCCACCACAUUGCACCUUUGAUUGAUGAAGCAUCAUUCCGCAAGACGUACAUGUCCUGCCAACGGACAGACGCUCGUUGGAUGGCGUUGUUGAACACAGUGUUUGCUCUAGGAAGCCUUGCUGUUUCUAAAGCCGACGACUUGUCACAUUUUUCAUAUUAUCGGAGAUCGAUGACUUAUCUUAACCUCGCCUCACUCGGUGACCAUCAUGUCGAAACUAUCCAAGCACUCGGCCUGAUCGGAGGAUUUUACCUCCACUACCUGAACCAGCCGAAUAUGGCUAACUGUUUACUGGGGGCUGCACUACGGAUGGCGGCAUCAUUGGGGCUAUACAAAAACUUCGAAGGCGUUGUAGAGAAGAGGGCAAGCUUUAUUUCAUUGGAACUUAGACGACGAAUCUGGUGGUCCCUGUUUUGUUUGGAUACAUGGGCUUGUAUGUCCCUUGGACGACCUGCUUUUGGUCGAUGGGGUCGUGCAAUAUCUGUUCAACCUCCGCAGGGAGGACUUGCAGAUGAAGAGCCGCACACAGUAUUGCCGCUCGUAGAAAGUAUCUCGUUUUGCAAGUUGGCCACAGAAAUUCAAGAAGCGCUUGCACAUUCCCCUUUGCUUCCUUAUGGUGAACUCAAAAAUCUCGAUACGAAGCUUCUCCAGUGGUAUGACCACAUAGACCCAAUCUUCAAAACUCAUGAACCUGCUACAAAUGGAAUCGAACUUACCAGCAUUUUGAUGCGCUGGAAAUUCCAAAAUCAAAGAAUGCUUUUACAUCGACCAAUUCUUCUCAAUUGCGCUCUGAAGAGAUUGCCUUAUGAAGAAUUGACCAUCGAAGACUGUCAAUCUCUUGAGAUCUGUGGGAUUGUCGCCAAGGAAACAAUAAAAGACAUAUCGUCUUGCGAGUUCACCAACAAUGUCCUUUGUGGAAAUGGUAUCUGGUACCUUUACCAGGCUGCAAUGACACCUCUAUUGCUACUGCUAUUACCUAAGAUCAGCAUCGUUGACUUUCGAGUGAGACAGGAAUCAUGUCGCGAGCAAGUCGAGAUGACCUUGAAUACGCUAGCAAAGCUGCAGGAAUGGAGCUUGACUGCGUCCCGCGCAAAGACCUUCCUACGCCAAGUGCUCGCUGCCACAAAUCGUGCUGGCUUUGAUGGCCCUCAUGAUUCAGUUCCUCGUAGAAAUGACUUUAACAAUCAUGCAGCUUAUGGUCAAAUGAAUACAGAUCUAGCAGCUUCAUCAGAAGCCUCACGAGAAAGUUUGCCAGAAAUGCAUGAUGAUGCUACUAGGACUGUUCUAUGGAAUCUCGUGUCACAAACGGAGAGAGAUUUGUCUUCGGAAAUUAUCGGUACUAAUUUCAACAAUUUUGAUUUCGCCUUCUUCAACGAUCAGGAUUUAGGCUUCGACAAUUGUUUCCCCGUUUUCCCGGAACAGAUGACUCGUACAAACUGA